CGGACAAGCGUAGCGUAUAGCCAAUGUGAUCAAGUCCACGCUUGCCAAGUAAUCCGAGUUUUACAAGUUUCAGUAAUCUCAUUAUGCGCCUUUAAUCAGACUCUAAAUUGGAAACUAAACCUCUAAUUUUCUCCGUGGACAUUAACUACCAUUCAAAACCUACUUAAAAAAAUGAGAGGGAAGACCUACCAUUCAAUUCAUACACCAGGUCAGUAGGACUAGUAGAGGGCGAAACCAAUUCCUUAUAUCGUAUCGUCAACCAUCUACCUUCACAAUCCUAAUCACUCCAAUCCACCAUCUCAAACGCCUUCAUCUCCAUUCGUGUUCAACCAGAUGAUUAAACCGAUCUCGUCUGCCACCGUGGAGCUUCCGGUGCAACCCCCGAAGGACAUAAACCAUUGACGACGACCAAGGAAGCUUGCAGUCCCGGAACAAGGUGGGAGGUGGGGGAUUUUCACCAGGGAAGCUGAGGAGUAUGCUACUGGGAGUGGAGAAGAAGAGGAAGGAAAAGGAGGAUUCUGAAUCUGCUUUCACUCUGAGAUCUCAGCCUCCUGACUUUGAUGAUCAAGCUGGGGGUGGUGGUUCUGAUGACUGUAAAGAUGUAGAUGUUGUGAGUGUUCUUCCCAAAUGCUCGACUUCGAAUGCUGCCGACUCAUUAGGCCCGAAGAUGGCUGGUGACCGGCGAUUGAAGGAUAGCACAUUAGUCAAUUCAAGAAUUAGGAACCAAGAAGACCCUUCAUUAGAUUAUGAUAGUGGGCAUGAUGCAAUGGGUGUGUCCUCAUCCAUAUUUGAGUUUCAGAAGGCAGAGCGUGCCCCACAAAGGGUGCCUCUUGCGCCGUUCUCCAAACCAGCACCGUCCAAAUGGGAUGAUGCUCAGAAAUGGAUAGCAAGCCCAACUUCGAACCGGCCAAAGAUGGGGCAGGCUCAAAUGCAGGUUGGGCAAGGAGUUGGAUCGCGAAAGGCUGGUAGCUUUGGUUAUGGGAGUAAACAAUUGAGCACAAAGGUUGUUGUUGAAGUUCCAGAUCAAAAAGUAGAUAUUUUUGAAGAACCAGAUACGAAGCGAAUUGACACAAAUCAAUCUAAGAUGGAAAGUGGAGGGCAGAAGUGUGUAAGUUGGGAGCCUGAUCCAUACCCCAUUGCCGAUUCAUAUGGCAAAUCAGUGCUCAUGGUUGAGAACUCUGUCGGAGAGUCAGCAAUCAAUCUUAGCCAGCAUGAUUCUUCUACAGCGUUUCAUGGAACAACAACAUUUAUUCCUCCUCCUUCAACCGCAAGAUCUGUCUCAAUGAGAGAUAUGGGUACAGAGAUGACGCCUAUUGCUAGCCAGGAACCCUCCAGGACUGGAACUCCAGUGGGGGCAACAACACCGAUUCGCAGUCCUACUAAUUCAAGGCCAUCAACUCCUAGCAGAGCUGCACAAGCUUCAUCUCCAAUCAACCAGAAUCCUAACAAGGAGUUGUCUGAAAAGGAGUUACAAAUGAAAACCAGGAGAGAGAUAAUGGUUCUUGGGACACAGUUGGGUAAGAUGAACAUCGCUGCUUGGGCUAGCAAAGAGGAGGAUAAGGGUGCAUCCACGUCACAGAAAACUACACCAGAAGAACAACCGGGGAAAAGCAUUGUUGAGACACGUGCAGCAGCAUGGGAAGAAGCUGAGAAAGCCAAGUAUAUGGCUAGGUUCAAGCGUGAAGAGAUGAAAAUACAAGCUUGGGAAAAUCAUCAGAAAGCAAAAACAGAAGCUGAGAUGAGGAAAAUCGAGGUAGAGGUUGAAAGGAUAAGAGGACGCGCUAAUGGCAAGCUUAUGAAUAAGUUGGCAGCUGCAAGACAUAAGGCUCAAGAAAAGCGAGCAGCAGCGGAGGCCAGGAGAAACCGGCAAGCAGCGAAAACAGAACAUCAAGCAGAGUACAUUCGCAAAACCGGUCGCAUCCCGUCCUCGUUUUGGUGUUGGGGUUGGUGCUCUUGAUAUUGGAACCACAUUCUGCAAAUGUAUGUCCAUGUUAAUGUAAAAACCUAAAAACUUGAUUUGGCUUAACCUAUGAAAGUCGGAAAGUAAAGUACUCAAGUGUAAUUAUCGUCAACAUGGCGAAGGGGUAAUGCUUGCUUAAAAUAUUUUGUUUGUUCUUUCCA